UAUCCUUACCUUAUCUUCUCCAUCUUAACUUCCACUUGAUCUCAAAAUUGUUAUUUAUCUUCUCCAUCUUAACUUCCACUUGAUCUCAAAAUUGUUAUUUAUCUUCUCCAUCUUAACUUCCACUUGAUCUCAAAAUGGUUAUUUAUCUUCUCCAUCUUAACUUCCACUUGAUCUCAAAAUUGUUAUGUCUCCUAUACCGAAGAAAUUUAUCUCUUUAUCAUAAAUAUGAUCAGCUGAUCUUGGUAAUCGGCCGUUCUCUAUCGGAAAAAUCUCUCGUUAGGAGAAAUACCAGGAGCUGAGAGUAACUAGCCUCAUUGACAACUGGGAGCAGGAGGGAAGAAGCAUAGAGGAGGAGGAGGAGGAGAGACCUUUUCCCUCCUCGAUCAACAUGGGGAAAAAUAACAGGGAGAGGAAGGCGACGAGGCAGGGGAGAAAAGGAAUUAAGAGGGAGAAGCAGAGCGUCGGUACCGGUGAAAAAAGCAUCAUCGAAUCCAGCCAGAUGACUGGUCACUCGGAUUCUAUUUGGCUUCCCAUGGAAAUAGUGACGGAGAUCCUUUCUCGCCUUCGGCCGGAGCCAUUGUUGAGGUUUAGGUCCGUCUGCAAGUCAUGGCGUGAUCUUAUCGACAGCCACGACUUCAUCCACAAUCUGCACCUUCCUCGCGCCAGGGCCGCAUCUCCCACGAACCUCCUGUACCAACGGAUGAACGACCUGUUCUGCUUUGAUUACGAGUCCCCUGCCUCCACCUCCAGGAAGAUCCGCCUUCCUUUCCCAACCGGCCAUCGCGACGUCUCAUUAACCUCCUGUCGCGAUGGCUUGCUCUGCUUGUCACGGCUGAAUCUGAGGACGGGCGUUUAUUCCUUUAAUGUCGUCAAUCCAAUCACCGGAAAGGGUGUGCACCUCCCUCAAACGGGUUGUAGGUCUGCCCUUCAUACCUGCCAGCUCCUAUGGUGUCCUGAUCAUGAAAGCGUUGGAGGAGGAGGUGGGGUUUACAAGGUUCUCUUCGUCUACAGGGAGACGGAGGGCGGAGUCCGCUCUCUUGUCUGUACGCUUCACCGGAUGGACCUGACCUGGCGACGUAUUCCUAACUCUUUUACAACUUGGGACAAUGACUACGGGGAGUUGAAGGAGUCUCCAUGCGUCAAUGGAGCUGUUCACCGCGUCCACAGCUACCUUCGCGAGGAUUUGGAAUGCGGCAUUGCCGCCUUCGAUAUCCACCAAGAGAGAUUUACAGAAAUUGGGUUCCCUCCGGACUGUUGCUCCCCAGAAAAGAAGUGUUGGAGUGUCUCCGGCUAUUUACGCCAUGUGCCGAGAGUGGCGGAGCUGAGAGGGCUCCUUGCUUUGUUCCACAUGGAUGGUUCUGGCACUUUCAUGGAGACAUGGUUGCUGACUGAUUAUUAUGGUGGCGUUUGGACCAAAGAUCACACCAUCUGCCUUACGGUACUGUACAAGGAGCUUCAUUUGGACAUGAGAAACAGAGGCCCGAAAGAGAGUCUCCAUGUCUACCCUGUGGUCAAGUUCAGCGACAAAGAACUGGUAAUGAGGAUUUAUGCUCCUGUACCACCGCCGCCGCCGUCGUCGUCAUCGUGUUGCUGUUCAAGCGCGGGUUGCUGUUCAAGCGCGAGAUUCUUUACCUAUGAGUUCUUCUCUUAUGACCCUGUGCUAAAGAAUACGUCCAUUCUAAGCGGAAUAUUGGACAUUAAUGGUCUUUACGUAGAGAGCCUGGUUUCCCCUUGCGAAACGACGACGACGACGACGACGAAGGAGAAUAAAAAGAAGAAGAAGAAGAAGAAGAAGAAAAGAUGGAUAAUGGAAAACGGAUGCAUCGCUUCUCAUCAGCAUUGA